AUGCAGCCUCCGCGUCCGCUUCGGCCACUUCGGCCACAUCGGCCUCGCCGACCACCCUUACGCCAUACAGAAUGGCCAGACAACUUAUCAACGACACCCUGUACAUAUGCGCACAUUCGACCACCAACAGCACGCUCCUUUUCGACGACGCCCAAGGCAGAUCUGCCCCGAAUAGCCCCUGGCACAAUCAUCCCUCGACCGCCGCCCAGGGUGUCGCCCCGGGUCCAGCGCCCCGAGUGGCAGAUGCGCCCUGGGACGCCCCUCUACGAACUGCCCGUGUCCGUGCUCGACCUUGAUGCCGAGGACAACCCCCAUGUGCGGCCGUACGACGAAGCGGUCGACGGCCGCCGCGAGGCCGAAAAAUGGGCCAAGGCACACGCCUCCAUCGAUGCCCUGUCGGCGCGCCUCGCCCAGACCGAGCAGCAGAUCCGCGCCGCGCAGCUGCGCAUGCAGGUGAUGGAGCAGCAGCGGACGCCGUGGCAGGUGCUGGACAAGGAUGUGUGGGCGGCGGUUCUGGGCGUGCGCGACCCGGGCCACGGCAACGUGCUGCACCACAACGGCAUUUCGGCGCGGCUGGCGGCGACGCCCCAAAAGGUGCCCCUACUCCUCCACCGGGCGCUUGCGGCGCGCGAAAAAAAGGACGGCGUGGCCACGACGGCGGAGCAGCUGUCCAAGGCACUGCAGCUGUGCCGCACGCCCAUGGAACUGCGGCGGGUCGUGUCGCUGGCCGUGCAAACACCAAGCGGGCGGGCGAUUACGCGCCAAUGCAGCACGGCGAUUGCGCAGCGGCUGGCGUCGUUUGUGGAGACGCGCACGUGGCGCAAGCACAAGGACGCGUUGGACGACCGCGACACGGCGCGCCAGGUGACGGCGAUGCUGCUCAACUGGAGCCAUGCGCUUGCCGAAGGAGGGGCGGCGGCGGCGGCGGCGACGUCCUCCAUGUGGGCUGUGGGCCUGUGGACGGCGGCCCUCGUCGGCCAGCCGAUGGCCAUGCUACGGUUCCUGCAGGCUGGGCUGGGUUCCGGCACGGAUGCGGACAAGGCCCGAUUUCUAGAAACGUGGCCAAGCCAAGAGUCGAAAGACGCGGGUUCCUGGCCAGCGGCGGCCUUGGCACUCCAGGCCCUUCUGGGCGCUCUGCGCAGCAAGGUCGCCGCCUCUGCUCUGGAGGGCACGCGAGCCGAGCUAUUCUCACUCCUUACGGGCGUGCACUUGCUGCGGCCCGCUGCGGAUGCCGGCCCCGACGUGUCGUUUCGCGUCCUUUUGUCAGAGCUUCCACCCCAGGUGCCGUAUAGCCAUCUGUAUGUGGCCACCCUGGCGGAGCUUGGCGGUGUUCGCACUCUGUGGGAACAGCAGCAGAAGACAGGGACGGCCGUAGGCGCCGAUACGCUCGUCACGGCCGUCGUACGCUAUGCGGUCUACGCGGAGGCACAGGCACCUAUGCCGACACCCAGUGCGACCAGCAGCCUGGACCGGUCGGCAGCCAACAGCAGCGUGUGGGACCUGCAGACGAUUGUCAACUACGAGGCGGCGCGGGCGACGGCGCGGCAGCCGCCGACACUCUUCCCGACGCUGCGUCCGGUGCCGCCCCCAUUAGGAGAACCGGAGACCGCAGCGCAGCCCGCCGUCACAGUGGACGACGCAUUUAGGGACGCCGUCGUGGCAGCGUUCUCUCAAGAAUCUGCAGACGCAGCUGUCCAAGCGAUUGACGCGCUCCUCCAGGCCCGGCAAGAUGGGCAGCGAGGAAGUAGGGCUGGAGGGGCAGUGCCAGAAAAAGCCCAGGCGUGA